AUGAUGUCUUAUCUCAAACAGGCCCCGUACGGGAUGAACGGACUGGGCCUGAGCGGGGCCGCCAUGGACCUGCUGCACCCGUCUGUGGGAUACCCCGGAAACCCACGGAAGCAGCGCCGCGAGCGCACCACCUUCACGCGCACGCAGCUCGACAUCCUGGAGUCGCUGUUCGGAAAGACGCGCUACCCGGACAUCUUCAUGCGGGAGGAGGUGGCGCUGAAGAUCAACCUGCCGGAGUCCAGGGUGCAGGUGUGGUUUAAGAACAGACGGGCCAAGUGUCGGCAGCAGCAGCAGAGCAGCAACAGCGCCAAGGUGAAGCCGAUGAAGAAGAAGUCGUCCCCGGCGAGAGAGAGCACCGGUUCGGAGAGCAGCGGCCAGUUCACCCCGCCGGCGGUGUCCAGCUCCUCCUCCUCCAGCUCCUCCUCCACGUCCUCCUCCACGUCGUCCUCCGGCCUCGGCGGCCCCGGUCUGAUCGGCGCCUCCACCUCCGUCGCCGCCCCGGUGUCGUCCAUCUGGAGCCCGGCGCCCAUCUCCCCGGCCCCGGCGCCGGCCGCGCUGCCCGACCCCGCCGCCCCCACCAGCGCCUCCUGCAUGCAGCGCUCUGUGUCGUCCUCCGGCGCCGGGGGGACGCCCUCCUACCCGGUGUCCUACAGCCAGACGGCGGCGGCGUACAGCCAGGGCUACCCGGCCUCGGCUUCGGGCUCUUACUUUGGCGGCGUGGAGUGCGGCUCGUACCUGGCGCCCAUGCACUCCCACCACCACCCGCACCACCCGCACCAGCUCAGCCCCAUGACCGGCAGCUCCAUGUCGGGACACCCGCACCACCACAUUGGCCAGACGUCAGGGCACCACCACCACCACCACCACCCGUCGCACCACCACCAGGCCUACAGCGCGCCCGGCCUCACCUUCAACUCCACAGAUUGUCUGGAUUACAAAGAGCAGACGGCGGCUUCGGCCUGGAAACUCAACUUCAACGCCUCCGACUGUUUGGACUACAAAGACCAGGCCUCGUGGCGUUUCCAAGUGCUGUGA